UUAAGCAUCAAGGAUGCAUCAAUCAAUAACUGACGACAAUCAUCCACCUUCGGUCAAAUACGAUUAUCAACAACACAUUGAUCUAAGCAUUCAAUGGACCCGUCGAUUACUGAAACCGAUUGGUCUUUGGCCAAGUUCACAUGCGACACCAAAAUUACAAAAAUACUUUUUUCAGUUCAUAAACGUUGCAUUUUACGGUCUUAUAGCAUUCCGUUCUCUUCCCAUGGCUAUCUACAUAUUUCUUGAGAUAGAAGAUGUGUACAGUAAACUGAAACAAUGUGGUCCCCUAAUCUUUGGCUUGAUAUCGUUCGCGAAAUACUAUUCCAUGAUCGUCCACGGGGCUGAAAUUCGUGAGUGCGUCGAGCGAAUUAAAUGGGACUGGAAGAACAUUACUUUCAGCGACGAUCGCGAUAUCAUGCUGACGAACGCAAAUUUCGGCCGGAAGAUGACAAUUCUCUGCACACUUUUCACGUAUAGUGGCUUUGUAUUCUAUAACGUGGUCAUACCGUUUAGCAUUGGUAAAAUUACAACUGAGGAUAAUCUCACCUACAUUCCCCUGGUGUUCCCUUUCUCGUCGUAUAUAAUGGACACCCGGCACAGUCCGGUGAACGAAAUUGUCUUUUCCAUUCAAUUAACGGCCGCCUUUGUGGGACACACGACUGGCGUAGCCGCUUGCGGUUUGGCAGCCUCCUUGGCAGCCCACGUUUGCGGCCAGAUCCAAGUGUUGAUAAAUUGGCUUAAUCAUUUGGUCGACGGCCGAUCCGAUAUGGACGACAACGUGGACCGUAGAAUAGCGAGGAUUGUGUCCCAACACGUUCGAAUUCUGAAAUUUUUAACGCUCACAGAACAAACGCUGCGACAAAUGUCUUUCGCCGAAUUUUUGGGCUGCACAUUGGAUAUAUGUCUCGUUGGAUAUUACGUAAUCAUGGAAAUCAAUGACUUAAAAACUGCCAUAACUUAUGUCAGCUUACUCAUAUCGCUGACGUUCAACAUUUUCAUAUUUUGCUACAUAGGCGAAAUAGUGACCGAGAACUGCAGGAAAAUCGGUGAGAUGUCAUACAUGAUCGAAUGGUAUCGAUUGCCAGGAAAGAAGAAACUCUGCUGCGUUAUGAUAAUAGCGAUGUCCAAUUCCACGGCAUCAUUAACAGCCGGGAAGAUGGUGGAAUUAACUAUCAACACCUUUGCCAAUGUUAUUAAGACUGCUGUCGGUUUUUUGAAUGUGUUACGAGCAACUACAUAAGUUUGUUUCAAAGACAAUGUUAUUUAUAAUCUGUUGAUG